AUGUACAUCCCCCGAGAGCAGGCCUCGGGCCUUUACACACACCUAAUACGAUCAACACAUCCUUCCUCGUCGCCCGUCCUCGUCUUGACUUCGGUCACGGUCGACAGUCUAUGUGCGACGCGCAUACUUACUAGCCUACUCAAACGGGACUUCGUACCACAUACCAUCAUCCCAGUCUCCGGUUAUGCAGAUCUGCAACGCGCCGGAGCUGACUUGGUUUUGCCAUUGACGCGCCAGCGUGGAGGAGAUGGCGGGACUGUCGUGUGUCUUGGACUUGGCGGGACUGUAGCGCUGGAAGAUAUCCUAGGACUGGAUGGGAGGACACAAGAUGGUGAGCUGUCAGACGAGGGCAUGGACGAACAUGGUGUGGAGGUGUGGGUCGUUGAUUCGCAUCGCCCUUGGAAUCUGGAGAAUGUUUUCGGCAUGCCAGCAACACAACAAAGAGAGGGCGAAGCUGCCAGUAGACGACCGGGUGUGCACGAAGGCAAAGUACUUCCUGGCUACCAGCCGGGCAAAGGCGGCAUAAUCGUAUGGGAUGAUGGGGAUCUGGAAGCAGAGCUCAAAGCUGAAAAAGCAGCCUACUUUGCGUUGCAGGGCAUGCCAGAGACCACCGAAGACGACCUUGCGCUCGACGAUGGUGAAGACGAUACAGGUGCUGAAGCGGAUGCUGAAGACGAUGCCGAGGAGUCGAGCACCGGGCAGAAGCGAAAACGCAGUGCAUCACCCGAGGAUUCAGAUGCAGAGUCCGCCUCGGAAGACGAAGCAGACAGGCCGAGGCGACGGCGAAGAAGCAACUCUGGCGAUGAUAUUGCUAUACCGUCCUCACCUGGCGGCAACCCGCUGUCGGCUCAAUUGGAUAUCACAUCGACCCCUCCGCCAAUGCCUUCAUCACCGCCCAAGAGGAAGGAACCGUCUGCACAGCAGAUGCGCAAGCAGCUUCUGAAGCUCACGAGGAAACACGAAGCUACACUCGACAAGUACUACGACCUUGGAACGAGUGGCGCUGAGCCUGUCAGCAGCAUGAUAUACGGUUUGGCUUCCGAGCUAGGCCGAGAUGACAACGAAGUCCUGUGGUUAGCGAUCGUUGGUGUCACCUCUGUGACCAUGUCGCCGGCUCACGAUCGGGGCAAGUUGGCACCUUUGCGAACGUUGCUCCAGGACGACGUUGUGCGGCACAAUCCCAUCCCCAGAGAGGACCUGCAACGAUCACAAAGCGUCGAAGGCAUAAUCCCCACCACAGCAAGAGGCCCGACAGACAAGAGUAUCAAGCUAUCACCCGAGCCUCGCUUCCUGCUCAUUCGCCACUGGAGUCUGUACGACUCAAUGCUACACUCACCGUACUUGGCCACGCGCCUCCAUGUAUGGUCAGACAAUGGGCGGAAGAGACUACACAAGCUCCUGGCUAAGAUGGGCAUCAGCUUGCAAGAAGCGGCAAAGGGAUAUCUUCACAUGGACUCAGAGUUGAAACGAUCAUUACGGAAACGCAUUCUGAAGUUCGCCGAGCAGUACAACCUAGAUGGUCUGGUGCCUGGAGACAACGGCGCGAAGGGCAAGGACGGCUGGGGAUUUGUACGGUCUUGGGGCUGGGAAGGCACAUGGAGCGCUGAAGAUGUUGCGAUUGUCGUCGGUGCUAUUCUCGAGGUUGGCACGGACUCAAGUCUGUUCCCUGACCUCAAGUACCGCAGCUCCGGACCAGGUCCAAGCUACAACACGCGAGUACGCAACCUUCCAACCCCACCGCACUCCUCCGAUGAUGGGAUGGGUGAUGACAACGCGGCAGAAGUCCCAGACUAUGUUACGCAGCGCUUCUUCCGAGCUUACGACUCGCUGGCCCCUACAAAGGGCCUGCAGACGCUAUCAAAGAACCUUCCUUCUGCGCAGAACCUCUACAAAGCAAUCCUGCGAGUGGGUUCUGCCCUGAUUAGCAAGAAGCAGAUUCGUCAUCUUCGAGCGUUUCGGAUGGGCGUCGUGAAAGAAGGGCCCGAUGUUCCACUCUUCACGCACCCCGGCGCCUUGGUGCGUCUGGCUGCGUGGGUAGGCGAGGCUGUGUCGGUUCUCGAAGCCGAGAAAGGUCGCAAACCCGGCAAAACCAGCAAUGAGGCCUUGGUUCUCGGCUGUCUCGACGAAGGCCGCGGCGUCUAUGUCGUCGUCGGUCUGGGCGGAGGUAAUGGGUGGAGUGCAAGUGGCAAGGUCCGGUCAAAAGCUGAACUCAAAGAGCGCGAAGAGCGCAAGAAGCGAAAGGCUGCGGAGAAAGCGACGCAGAAGGCCACACGAGCGCGAAAGCGAGCAGAGCGGAAACAAAUGCGUAAGGAACGCAACGCUGCCAAUGGACUCGAUUCGGAUGUUGAAGAUUCGGAGUCUGACGCGGAGACAGAGAGCGCUUCCUCGGACUCAGACGACUCGGAGAAUGACUCGGAUUCUGAUGAUGAGACAGGCAGCACGAAGAAGACCCGAGGUCUGAAUCGGUUUGGCCAAGCCUUCCAGCAGGUCGUCGAAGAGACAGGCUCUCGAGUACGUAUCGACUCUUUCGAGCACAGUGUGGUGGAGGUGAAGAAAGAAGAUCUACCCUCUUUCCUGGAAGCACUCAGCUUGAAGACGGUGGUGGGGUAG